AUGACGACAAAGUUGCCCUCCACCAGCACCAGCACCACAAUUCCUACUACCACCUCCACAAAGCUGCCGUCCACCACAAGUACGACCACAAAGCUACAACACCACCGCAACAACAACACUGCCACCCACAACUACCACCAUCGCCACCACCACAAUCAAGCCGUCCCACGAGUAGCACAGAACCUCCUCUACCACAACUACUGUGCUGCCAUCUACUUCUACCACGCUAGGCAAAACUACGAGGUUACAACCCAAGGACAUAAAGAUGUACCAGAUGAGAUGAACUUGUGCAAGAAGCCUGUAGACGGGAUUGUCCCUCCAAAUGGAUCACUUGCGGUGUUCAGAGGUCAUUACUACUGGCUGCUAAAUGGAACGAGCCCACCCUCUCCUCAACCGCGUAAAAUCUCCGAGGGAUGGCAUAUCCCUUCCCCCAUCGACACAGUGUUCUCCAGAUGUAACUGUGAUGGCAAAACCUUUUUUUCAAGCUAGCAUUGCACUUUUCAGGGCCCCCAAUACUGGCGCUUCACCGAUGAUGUAAUGGAUACUGGCUAUCCUAAGCUGAUUGUGAAAGGAUUUGGAGGACUGAAUGGGAAAAUUACGGGAGCGCUUUCAGUGGCUCCGUACAACCAGCCAGAAUCUGUACACUUUUUCAAGAAGGUAGGUGGCAACGUUCAACGAUAUGUCUACAAAAAAACGAAGAAGUGCAAGAAGAAAGUCGUAACUGUGAAUUAUCCAGUUUAUAAACCAAAGACUUUUGUCCUGAGGCAGAGACGCUUUAGACGCGCAGUACAAUCUCGUCAGAUCUUCCGAACCAUCCGGAUAAGGCAGUACCCAGUCAUUCGGAUCACCCACCAUACAACAGGCAUGGUCCUUGUUUUGCCUCGUUUAGAGGCUAUGUUAAUUGGGUUGUGCAAUCCUACAGCUCCAAAUGAAGCAGCCUAA